UGAUAGUUAUCUUCUCAAAAAUCAUGUAACACAUCUUUACUCCCACAAAAAUGGAUAAUUUCUAUACACAACCAGCAACUAUAGUACUAGCUAUACUUUUAGUGCUUCUAUACAACAUAUGGAGGGUAAAAAAACCUAGUAACAAAUUCAAAAAGGGUAUGAAACCACCAGAACCAUCAUAUGCCUUACCUUUAAUAGGUCACCUCCAUCUACUAGGAAACCAAAUCCCUCUUGCAAGAAUCUUUGCUUCAUUUUCAGACAAAUAUGGUCCUAUCUUCCAAAUCCAUUUUGGAGCAUACCCUGCACUUAUUAUUUCCAACAAAGAAGCAAUCAAAGAAUGUUUCACUACAAAUGACAAAAUCUUAGCCUCAAGACCAAAGUCAAGUCAUGGAAUUCACCUAGGUUAUAACUAUGCUGGCUUUGGUUUUGCACCUUAUGGCCCAUAUUGGACCAAGCUAAGAAAAUUAACCAUGCUUGAACUACUUUCGUCUCGUCGCCUUGAAUCGUUGAGACAUGUUUAUGAAUCGGAGAUCGAUACUUUGAUAAAGGAUUUAUCAUUGUAUGUUAAGGUUGGAAAGGUUAAGGUUGUGAUAAGUGAAUGGUUGGAAAGGUUAACAUUUAAUAUAAUGACAAAAAUGAUUUGUGGGAAAAGGUAUUUUGAGUAUUUGAAAGAUGUGGAUGAUGUUGAAGCACAUGGGAAUAUUGUGAAACUUAUAAAAGAAUUUAUGCAUAUUUCUGGUGAGUUUGUUCCUAAGGAUUUGAUUCCAAUUCUUGGUUGGUUUGGUUUUGAAGGAAAAGUGCUAAAAUCUAUGAAAAGAAUUGCUAGAGAUUUGGAUGCAGUUGUUGGAAGCUGGGUUGAAGAGCAUGAUGUUGAGAUUGAGAGUAAGUCAAAUGAGAAAUAUGAUUUCAUUGAUGUUAUGCUUUCUGUGAUUGAAGAUGAUCCUACUUCUGGUCAUAACCGUGAUACUAUCAUCAAGGCAAAUGUUAUGAAUCUUAUGUUAGCUGGGUCAGACACAACAUCAACGACAAUGACAUGGAUCCUAGCCAUAUUGAUGAAUAAUAUGAAUGCUUUAAAACAUGCACAAGAGGAGAUUGACCAUCACAUAGGUAGGGACAGAAGGGUAGAAUCAUCAGACAUAAAAAACCUAGUUUAUUUGCAAGCAAUUGUGAAAGAAACUUUAAGGUUAUACCCUCCAGGUCCACUAUUAGUACCCCAUGAAGUAACAGAAGAUUGUUACAUUCAAGACUAUUAUGUACCAAAAGGGACACGUGUGUUUGCAAAUGUGUGGAAAUUACAUAGAGAUCCAAGUAUUUGGUUAGAGCCUGAAAAGUUUUUACCUGAAAGGUUUAUUAAUGAGAAUGGAGAAAUUGAUCAUGAAAGUCACCAUUUUGAGUACCUUCCUUUUGGAUUAGGGAGAAGAGCUUGUCCUGGAUCGUUGUUUGCUACACAAGUUAUUCUCAUUACACUUGCUCGUUUACUUCAUGGGUUUGAUUUGGAAGUGCCAAUGGAUGAAGUUGUUGAUAUGAGAGAAGGGUUGGGUAUUACCUUGCCUAAGUUAACUCCAUUGCAAGUUGUUUUGACCCCGCGAUUAUCAUGUGAACUCUAUCGAUUAUAAACAUUUUCCCUUUUGUGUGUGAUCGGAUAUGCUGCUACACAUGUUCAUUGAACAAUGAUGUAUUUGAUCUAUAUUACAAUCUUUUACGUUAGUUAUUCAAUGAAUCUAAAAUACAGAAUCA